UUACGAGAGUUGUGGUGUGGAGAGAAGACUAGACGCGUGUAAAUCUUCGAUCUUUAGUUCUGACAGAGCUAUGGCUGUGGACACGUCAGCUCCCAAGCCGAAAGUAGAGAAACUGGUGCGUCUCUACCCAAAGGUACCCGAGCGAGAGACGCCUCUGCCUCGCUCCUGGAGCGCCAAAGACAAGUACACGUACAUCGGUCUCUCCCAGAGCAACUUGAGAGUCCACUACAAAGGUAAGGCCCGUCACAGUGAUGACGAGAUGACGAGGUGAUUGGCUGACCGCUGCAGGGAGCGGGAAGAACCACAAAGACGCGGCGUCGGUGAGAACGGCUCAUCCCAUCCCAGCUGCCUGCGGGUCUACUACUUCGAGAUCAAGGUCAUCAGCAAAGGAAGAGACGGGUACAUGGGUAUUGGACUGUCAACAUCUGGCGUGAACCUAAACCGGUUACCAGGCUGGGAGAAGCAAUCGUAUGGUUACCAUGCCGACGAUGGGUGUGUAUUCAGUUCGUCGGGUACGGGGCAGGCGUACGGUCCAACGUUUACCACAGGCGACACUGUGGGGUGUGGCUUCAAUCUCGUUGAGAGAUCCAUAUUCUACACCAAGAAUGGCAUCAACAUUGUGUUCUCUCCCCACACAUUUAGGGACAGCUGUAUCUGAAGUUCCUGUGAGUUGCCCUCUACAACUCUUCUCUCUUAUCUCCCCUCUUCAAUCUCUCUCUUGCCUGACUUCUCCAUCUCUUGUCCAGCCCUCUCUCUCUCUCUCUCUGUCCCCCCAGAGCUCUCUCCAUCUCUACCCGACAGUAGGCCUCCAGACACCGGGAGAAAUAGUUGAGGCAAACUUCGGAGAAAGUCCUUUCGUCUUCGACUUUGAGGGUCUUCUCAGUGUACGUGUCCCGAUUCCAUUCCCUCUUCCCGUUUCCAUUGUUUCACGUUCCCAUUCCCCCAUUCCACAGGAUGUUCAGCAGCAGAUACGACAGUCCAUUGAAGCCACUCCGGUCUCAGACGGAAUAGGAUCGUGGCAGACUAGGCUGAACAAACUGGUGCUGAGCUACCUUGUUCACCACGGCUACUGCCGCACGGCGCAGGUGUUUGCCAGCAGUACCGGACAACGACUGGAGGAAGACAUGACUAGCAUCAGAAACAGACAGAGGAUCCAGAAGUUGGUGAUGGCAGGGAGAGUGAGCGAGGCAGUGGGUGUGGUCCAGGCGUCAUAUCCUGGUCUACUGGAGACCAACGAGGAGCUACUGUUCAGACUGAAGUGUCGACAGUUUGUGGAGAUGAUUGCUGGCUGUGACAGAGCCGAUGCUCCUCCCUCCCCCACCACUGCUUCCUCCAGCAGGGAGCCUCGUUUAUCAUGUCAUUCUGAGCUGAGUGUGUCCAGUGGGGAGGUGGGAGAGGAGGAAGGGAGGGGAGGGGGAGGAGGGGAGAGCCCCUACAGUAAUGGAGAGGUAAUGACCAACGGAGAGGAGGCCGAUAUGGAGGUAGACGGCGAUGAGGGGGAGGAGGAGAAGGAGAGGAUGAUCGAGGAGGAAGAAGAGGUGAUAGAUGUGGAGAGGAAUCCAGUGGCCAUUGAGAAGAUCCUGGCGUUCGGUAGAGACUUGCAGACUCUCCACACUCGCGUCUCCUCAGGUCACUCCAACGACCAUCUCAAGACACUCCUUCAGGAUUCGUUUAGUCUGUUGGCCUACAUGGAGCCUCGCUCCAGUCCUGUCGGCUACCUCCUGGACCCCAUGCAGAGAGAGCCAGUCUGCGCAGCCCUCAACUCCGCCAUACUAGAGUCAAAGAACCUACCAGGGCCAGCCACCGCUAGAGUUUGCCCUCGGACAGGCAGUCCAGUGUCUCAAACACAUGUCACGGAACGGACUGGGGUCAGCAGCAUUCACUGGCGUCCAGGACAUUGUGUCAUCCUAACAUCAUCACACCUCCUCAUCUGCCACGCCCCCUCUCUCUCUCACUCCACUCCCUCACACACUCUCAGGGCACGUGAAAUCUCACCACAUCUAAAACUCUGCUGUCAUUUUACCACUCUUGUCCCCACUGUGUAUGAAAUUGAUGCACAAAAAACUUGUUUCAUGUGCGCCAUUUCAUAAAUUAAUCCAGACACUGAGCAUUAUGAUACAAAGAUGACUGUUGACAAACAA